AUGCCCAACGUAUCUGGUUUGCCAAGAGACGAGGCCGUGGGAAGCAAACGGUUCGCCGACUUCCACCUCAGCGGAAAAGUAUUCAUCGUCACAGGUGGUGCUCGGGGCCUAGGCCUUGCCGUAGCUGAAGCUCUGGUAGAAGCAGGAGGAAAAGUCUACUGCUUCGACAUGGCUGAACAGCCAGACCAUGAAUGGGAAGAAGCUCAAAGUCGCGUCAUUCCCGAAUGGGGCGGAUCCCUAACCUACUUGCAGCAGGAUGUCCGCGACACCAAGCAUCUCGAGGACCUCAUUAUGCAAAUCGCCGAUGACAACAAGCAACUCAACGGCAUUAUUGCCGCAGCAGGGAUCGUCCAAAACACACCUGCGUUGGAGUACAAAAUCGAGGACGUGACCAAUAUGCUUGCAACUAACUACACCGGCGUCUUCAUGACCGCCCAAGCUGGCGCAAAAGCCAUGAUGAAGCAUAAAUGCCAGGGAAGCAUCUGCUUAAUAGCCAGCAUGUCGGGUGUCGUGGCAAACAAGGGCAUGCUGUCACCUGUUUACAAUUCCUCCAAGGCUGCGCUUAUUCAGUUGGCGCGGAACUUGGCCAUGGAAUGGAGCCCCAUGCGGGACGACGGCAGCGGGGGGAUCAGAGUGAAUUGCUUGAGCCCUGGGCAUAUCGAAACGCCAAUGGUGUUGGAGCUGUUUGAGAAGGAUCCUGAGAUGAAGAAGACGUGGACGAGUGAGAAUAUGUUGGGACGGUUGGCGUCGACUAGCGAGUUUAAAGGUGCGGCGUUGUUUUUGAUAAGUGAGGCUAGUAGUUUUAUGACGGGGAAUAAUCUUGUUGUUGAUGGGGGUCAUACAGCGUGGUAG